AUGUACGAUGAUGUCGAUGAUACCGACACUUAUCCCCGUAUCCUCGCUUGCACGGAGCAUAAGGUCAACUAUGAGAUUGGCUGGUCGUCAUAUUCAGAAGGCACUGAAUCCGAGUACCGCUCCUUGAUCAGACAAAUGCGUGAUUAUAUUGCCCGCGGACACCUUACCCCCAGCAAAACAGCUAUGCUAUAUUCUCGCUUUGGUGCCACUUCAGCUGGUAUCUACAUUGGCAACAGUCUACAAAGCAAAGACAUUAGCGAUGUGGCUCUGGAGUCUCUUAUCGACGAUUCCCACGAUUUCGAUGGACGUCGAGACAGUUUGGCUAUGCAGCUCUGUGGACCACACCAUGACUCUCAACACGUCUUUGGAUUUCUGGCUCUGAGAAAUGGCACCUUCAGAAACAUCCAGUCUGCUUUCGAAUCCUGGUCCAAUGCCGAGUGCCUUGACUUCGAACACAGCACCAAUUUCACGGCUAGUACCCACUUUACGUCGCCUAUGCUGUCCUCCAUCAAGUCCAGAAACACGACCGCAAGCAGAAUCCAAGCUUCUGGCUCAUCUCUACCCACUGAGUCUUCGACGUCGCAGAUGGGGAACCCCCAUCUUCUAGGGGGGAAUGUCGGCUGA